UUAGCAGACAAUAAUCUAUUUAUAUACAUGUAUUGUAAUAUAUUUAAGUAGAUAAAUUAUUUAUUCGCGAUGGAAAAGAGAAGUAUCAGUGGAAAGGACAUUCUAAGAAUGGAUGGUCUUUUACCACCAACUCGACGCUUACCUGUCUGUAAUGCAGUGACUUCUACAGACAAAAAAAAAGAAAAGAAAUGGUCAUUUGGUGGAAUCUUAAAACGAAUAUCUUCGAUAAGAGAUUAUGAUAGUUCUUCAAAUGAUGAGGAAAUUGUAUAUUGUACAAGGCAACCAAGACCUCGCACAGUAUUUAAUAGAAAAUCACAUAAUGUUGUUCUUCAUCCAGUUGAAAAGGGGUUGAAUCAACCUUUAAACAGCAAUGAUUCAAAUGAUACUGUUGAAAAAUCUAUGGAUGUAGCUGGUUUGCAAUGGGAUUCUUUGAUCUCUCGUAGCAGUGAUGGAUCAUUAGAUAGAUUAAGUAAGAAGGCAAGGAAAAAUAAGUUGAAGGCACAAGUAGAAGCAAAACGAGAUCGUAUUUGUGCAAAUAGUAGUUCAGAUGAAGAUUCACGUAAAUCUUCUAAUUCGUUAACAAGAUACCAAAAUGAAAGUGCUGUGCACAAUGCACAGAAAAAUAGUUCUUGUAACAGAAAAAGUCGUGCAGCACGUACAGAACGUUACAUAAAACGAUUAUCCAGAGAUGAAGGCCACAAGUUCCCAGAAAAUUUGAACAAUAUAACAAACAAACGUAGUAAUUUUGAUUUUAUGAAUGAGGAACAACAAUCAUUUACAUCUAUGGAUACAAAUGAAUUAUUUCAGUUGCCACAACAAUCACCACACUUUAUUAAUUAUUCUAACAGCAAUACAUUUCCUGUACAAAAAUCUGUUGAAAACUUACGGCAAUCUGGAAUAGUUACAUCCAAUCUACAAGCAAAAUCUUCUGCUGAUAUUACGAAACAAUCAACAAGUCAAUAUAUCACAGAUUUAAAUCAAAAUAACACAUAUGCAAAACCGAAUGUUUUGCAUAAAAAUAAAAAUUACACAAAUCAAGAGGAAAAUAAUUACUUUCUCAAUUCACCCACGGCUAAUGCAACUUAUGCUGACCCGUAUGAUUACGCUAGAAAUCGCCAAUUUACAAGUCGAAGUUCUUCUCCACCUGAACCUCCACCAAGAGAUUGGUCUUGUCGUUGUCGAGUCUUCGCCUGUGGUUAUAAUUCCUUUCCAUUUAAUGGAAAAUAUCGCGUGUCGAAAUAUGACGACAGUUUACGUACCAAAAUGAAUGACAUUCAUGAAGUUACCAAGGAUCAUUUAAAGAGUUUAAGAUCCUAUGAAUCGAAUAACGAAAUCAAUUGGUAUGGCUCGACUAAACAGUGUCCACGACGUCCAUUGUCUUUGACUAUAAACUCGAUGCAGUCUUGUAAUUUAUCAGAAUGUACAAACAAUAGACAUAAUUCAACUGGUAGACAUAUAGAUGAACCAAUAUUUAAAGAAACGGAAGCAAUGAAGUGUCAGAGAAGAAAUGAUCGCAACGAUCAACUUACUUCAAGCUUUAAAGAUUAUGAUACCAAAAUGUGUGAGAAUAGAUUGUCUACUACUUAUAUUAAAAACUUGCGCAAUAAUUCCAUGCCACCUGCUUUUAACGAGCCUUUAGAUUCUUCGUGUCCGAGAUCACCAAUCAAACAAAUAGUGCGAGAAAACUCUUACAAUUUACCAAAUGAUACACUUAUAGAGAAUACACGAAUAGAAGAAAAUGAGGAAAAACAAGUAACUAAUGAACAAGAUAUGUUACAACGAAAAAGAAGUUCUAAGAAUCUUGAGGAGGCACUUUCUGAGUUAGAAGCAAUAUACAACAGUCUUCGUCUUGGAGACGAAGAUCUUCUUGAUCGAGCGGAACGACGCAGUAUGGAGGAGUUUAGUCUACGUCGUGCGCAAACUAACACUAUUCCAUUUAUUUCAGAAGAUCCUGCAGAUAGAACAAAAGAUGAUAUGGCUUACAGAAGAAUGCAUCCAAAGGAAAGACCUACGUCACUAUCGGAAGUGGUCAGUCAAUCUGCACUUUCUAAUAUCAGCUACCUGAUAGCCUCGCCUGUUUUGUCACGUAAAGACACAACUGAUUACUUAUAUACUGCAAAUUACCCGACACGUCGAGACGAGCCAGACGUGACGCGGGACGAUGUUGUGUAUAGAAGCAUUCAUCAUGCUAACAAUACGUUAAAAGUGGUCGAUCCUCAACCUCCAUUCGGAAUACCUUUAGGACCAGUGACGACUGCUACGGAAAGCGACUACCUACACACUACACCGACUAAGCCGGACCAUCCUCGUUCAUCGUACAUACCUCAGUGCGAGCCUGACAUUGUUACAGACGACUUGGCUUACCGAGCUCUCAGGAAGGAUGCCAACACGCCAAAGAGCCCUGUUGAAAGUAAAAACAGUAUCAUUAGGAAUCAGGAAACCACUUUUGGUACGAAGAAGAAACGGGCAGUUAGGUCUCUAUCAGCCAAUCUGUACGGUUUAAUUAAUCACGACAAAAUUCAUCUUCGAAGGGAACCUAGUCUUCAAGAAAUCAAAGAUGAGAUAAGUAACACAAUGAUAGAUACUAAGUCGUUGUUUGUACGGUCUAAUAGACGUGUCGUGAGCGACGGUGAGCUUUCAGAUUACGACCGAUGGCAUACUGACGAUUUAUUGAAGCACUCUAAAACAGAUAUAAAUGGUAACCAUUCAGUUACAAACACGCAUAGAAAGAAAUUGCGUGUUUAUGUACCAUCAUCGACUCAAAUAGAAACCUUUGAAUAUAAAAAUGAAGAUGAUUUGAGUGCACAGAACUCUGUGACAUCCAGUGACAUAUUGUCCAAGGCUCUUAACAAUGAAUUCUGGCAAGACUGCGUGCAGAGCAAAUCUAAUGAGUCGUCCAAUCAAGAUACGGAAACUGAUUUUACAGCAUAUAGUCGUUUAUGCCAAGAUUUAGUCAAUUUGAUUGAAGGGCAAAACGAUAUGGUAGUGGAACCGACUGAGGAAGUAAAUGUUCGUUCAGAACUUCCUGUAAUAGCAGACGCCUCGAAUGAUUGUAAUAAAAUGGAGGAUGUUUUGCGUAUUCAAUUUUUAGCUAGUCAUUAUUCUGAAAAUAAUUCUGAACAUAAAGAAAGUGCAGAUAAGGAAGUCAUUGAGAAUCUAACGGAGUCCCUCACUAAUCCUGAAAACGAUGGUUCUGAGAAGACUGACGAUAAUACAUUCGACUUCUAUCUUCGUGUCGCGGACGAAAAUGUUAAACUAAUUGCGGAGGCGUUCAGCAGUGUGGCAGAUCACUUACGUGAUAGUCGUUUAAGCCAAAAGAAUUCGCUGACGUACCGUUCUGAAAUAGAAACCGAUAGUACGGCGCCCAAUACUAGUACUCGUAGCUCUGUUACUUAUAGUCAAGACGAUACAAAUGACGAUCUGUCUAGUUCAUCAAGGGCCACUGAUGCAUCAAAUGUAGUUCCUAAAAAAGAUACAACGAUAACUUUCAAUGAUGAUAACAACCUGGUAGAACCAGAGGAAGUGAAAACUGAUUCGUAUACCAAUCCAGAACUCGAUUUGUCCAAAGCUGUCCAUGAUUUGCAAUUAGCAGCGGCAAGUUUAUGCGAGCAUGAAAAGGAGUUUGAAGAAUUAGAGGCAUUAUUGAAGAAAGAUAUUGCAAAUAAUGUUCCUUGUAGUAAUAAUGUUCCAAUUGAAGAGGAUGUCCCCUCAUUAAAUAUUGAAAGCAAUUUAAUAGCGUCGAAUAAUGAAAAAGAGAAGGAACAUGAUCAAGAAGAAACUGUAAUAUCGACCGAUGUUAAGCCACACAAUGAUGAACGCGACCAAAAUUGCGAAGGUGAGAUUACAAAAUGCAAGGAUACUUGUGAAUCGUAUAUCCCUCGUUCAACUGAAAUGCGUAUUUCAUAUGUUACUAACCUCAUAACCAUACUGAUAACUACAUACUCUAUGGUUUUGCUGGCUUGUUUUCUUGCACUGCUUUUAGCGACUGUAGCAGCAUCGUGAUUGGAUCCUUAACGACAGGUGUCUUAAUGCAUUUUGUGAUUAGAAGGUUUGAUUCGAACCGUUGUUAUUAUUUCGAGGCUAUUAUUAUUUGAAUCAUGUUACUAAUGUCGUAGGUCUCCCGGCACUUGAUCAUUCAUGAUGUGAACCAUUCUAUACGAGUGCAUAACUAACUGAUAUUCAACGUCGUUGAACAACAUGCGGCAGGACGAUUGAGUUUUGUGUAAGAUCGAGUUUCUA